CCAAAACCAAACAAACAAAAACAAGAAAGCAACCCUAAUGAAGUCUGCUAUCUCUGGAGUAGCAACUGUUUGUCUGGAAACUUGGAACGAAAAAACUUGGAAUCUGCUGCUGCCCCAAGUGUGCUUUUUUCUUUUUUUCCUACCUCCUUUCCAGAUAGGCAGCAGCCAGCUCUUGCUUGCUGAAAGGAAGUGCAUCAGGCCUGGGCACAACAGCUCCACUUGAGGAGCGCGUUAAGGGUAAUUCAGCUCCUAAGUGUGACAUUCUUUGAAACAAUUCUGAGUGGGAAACCGAGGAUGGAAAGGGGAAUCAGUCCUUACCCAAGGUCGGGCAAGGUUAUAUGGUGCAAGAGAGAAUAUUUGGCAGUAAUUCUCUGCUACCUUCUUUCUGAGUUGCUGGUGGGAACUCUUCCAACACAAAUCCAGUCUAACAGUCUAAACACCUUAUUUUCUAGUUAACUCUGUGUUGCUGCUGCUUUUGAAUUAGACUUAAUGAUUUCCCUACUUCUGUCACAAAAGGCUCCUUCAGAAGGUGACCAAACAGUUCUCCUAAAAUUUCAGGCACCGAAAUGCUGUGCUACUGCUACUGUGCUGCUCUAUUGGCCCUAUUUGUGUGGGUCAGUGGUAGAGGCAGGAAGACGCUGCUGGAAGGCUCUCACCAAUUUUCCUGCUGUAAUAGUCUUACAGAUAUUUGAAUUCAACUCAGAAAGCUGAUAGGAAUCCUGGUAUGGACUUGUUUCAACAGAAGGGGUGGGCUUUGCUCUGGACAGGAUAUUCAGGAAGGAGAUGAAGCGGAGGAGCUCAGCAAAGGCAGCAGUACCUCAGGUGGAAGCAGCUGCGCAGGCCCUGGGGCAGGCAGCUCUAUCAGGUGAGCACAGCAGUCCUUUCCAGUGCUGUCUUCAGCACUCAUCUCUGCUUCCCUGUAGGUGUUUUAGAGGAGACCGUCACUAAGCAGCAGUUCUUACAUUUGCAAAGUUAACUGUUCUUCUAAGUGCUACGGAGAGAAAUAUUCGGUUUACUGAAGAUGUAAAUAGGAAAAUGAAGCAAAUGAAAAUAAUGAAUCUAAUAAAAACUUCUCAAGCAGCUGGUCUUGUUGUGGUAUCUGAUUCAGAACUGAUGAAUAGCAACUUGAUGCAGGAGGAUAAACUAGUUUUAGAAAAUGUGGAAAUUGGAGGUAAAGCUUUUAAUUAAAGUCAAUGCACAGUCAUAAUCUUGGUUUAUAUACAUCCCUCAAUUCUCAAUUUGAUAUCAAUGUAAGGCUUGCACAGCAAUAAGAAUUGAUUUUUCUUUUUCUUGUUACACUAAAGCUCUUGUCAUGAUAAUUAUUUGGUCACUGCCUUUUCUCAUAUUCAGACAUCACUCUGGGAAAAUACAUUCUCCUUGAGAACCAGUACAGUUUCUUUUUCUUCCGAGAUCCUUUUAAUCCAUUCACUCUUCUAUCAGCUCUUCUUUAGUGUUUUCUUCAAACAGUAACUCCUAUCCCACUUUUUGUCUCUAUCCUCACUUUCAGUUGCAGCACCUAAAAUAAUCUGUAGUAGGAUGUUUGUGCUGAUGCUCAGAUGUCAUCGGCAAGCUUUAUGUGCUUUAUUCUACAGAGAAAUGUCUGGCUGUGGUCAUGGUGAGACAUGCUGCAUGGCAGCAUUUUAAAACAUGCUAAAAAGCCUUGAUCCUGAAAAGUGAAGUCUGUAUCAGCUAGUCUUGAAAAUGCAAAUCAUGUAAAUCUCAUUCUUACGUCAACUCAAGGUGUAUGGCCAUUUAAGCUGUCUAGCAUGUGGUUUUACCUUUUGCAGUGACUAGGUAUGUUGUGCAGGCUAAAAACACGUUAUGAGGUCUGGCUCUAGCUCAUGGGUUCUUCUGCUAUAAACUGAUUCUGCUCACUUCUGUCACUGAAGUUUAAGGCUGCCUCGAAUGUGCCACCUUGGCUUUUCUAAGGACAGAACAUUGCGUGUUAUGAUGUUGCCUUUAUUCCCAACCACUCUAACAACCUCUAUUUUGUCAGUAAAACCUACUUAAAAGAAAGUGAAUCUAGUUUUUAUAUUUUACCUUAAGGGUUCAAAUGUAAUGUCUUUAUAACUGUUCUGCCUGGCAGUAUUUCAGUAAAGCAGGAGCAGUGUGAAGAGCUGGAACAGCAUGAGGUCUUUGUAAGAAUUUCAGGCGGUAUUUGAUCGUGCAACUCAUUAGGAAAUGAGUGUCCAACCUGUUGGCUUGCCUGUUCUGCACUGAGUGAACAGGAAUUGUCUUGGGGUUGCUCCAAAAGUAAUGCCUCCUAUUUAUUUCCGUGGAAACCACACCUGAUUUCAAGAGCACAAUAACACAGUUCAAUAGAGCAAAUUCUCAGCUACAAAACACUGUCUUUCAUUAUAGUCACCACCAUUAGAUAUGCAUUUUCACCAGCCACGAACGAGAGCCUGCAUGCUGUACUCCUAACAAUCUGUACCGUGGAGAUAACCCACUGCCACUGCUGCUAAAAUGCACCACCCACCACCUCACUGUGCUCACAUCCACUGUUAGAUCUGCAUAAACAUUCAGCAAACAUUGACGAAUGUCAGCGGAUGCAAUUUUUUUCCACGUGGAAGAAUUCAGUUCCACCCCUUUUUCUUCCUAUGCACCAUUCUGUCAGACUGCCCCUCUGCUGCCAUCUGUCACACAGCAGCAGUGUGUAUUGGAAUACUGGUGGGAAAGUUCCAACAUUGCUGCCAUACCACCACCAUCCAUCUCUGGUGUUGUGGGCCAACAUCAUAAAAUAGGAGGCAAUACUUUCAGAGCACCCUUCCUAAAAUAUGCAAUAUAGUUCAUGUAUGUAAGUAACAUAACUUAUUUUAAUCUUUAAUAUAUAUAUUUUUAGAGAAACAACAACAAAGAAAGCAAAAAACCAAGAAGUAGUGGUAUAUGUGACCUUGCUUUUGUGAAACUAACGCUUCACUCCCUGGUUUGAUGGCAGUGACUGUAAAUCCUAGUGAGGUCUCAAGCUGUUUGUUAGAGAUUUCUGAUCAAAAAGGCAUGAUUUUGAAGUGAGAAAGGUUUUUCUCUGUUAAGAGAGGUCUUACAAAAGUAAAGAGACAUGAUCAGAUUUUUUAGUUGAAUCUCUGAUUGUACCUCCAUACGUUCCAUUGGAAAAUUCCCAGUUGCAAAUAUUAAAACAAACUUUUUUUGUUGUUGUUGGCAGUCUUGAAACCUAUUCUCAAAUCCCUCUAUCAGAACAGAAAGCAUGGCUGCAUAUUUUUCUUUUGUUCACAGGACUGUGUUUAGCCAGUGAACUGAAAUGGGAGGGCAGAUGGGUCUGGGCUGUGCUGCCAGUUGUGCUGUGGGCUGGGUGUGCCUACAUUAGGGAGAAGGACAAGGAGAUGCUUUCCUGUAGGGGAUGCAGAUGACUUACUAGAAGAUUAGCUCUCUGUAGAUGAUAUAUUGCAUCGGCACCAACUUGCGUGUUUUUCUGGUUUUGAUUUCACUUAUAAUUUGUCCUUUAAAGUCCUUAACCCAUCCUGAUAUGAAGUGUAACUUCCUAUUGAGGCCAUAUUUGGAAGGUUCUGUGAGAGGGUACCAGUACAAUGGCCAGAUUCUUAAACAGAGGUUCCUGCAAAGUGCUCAAUGAGUUCACAGUGGCCCUACAGUGCUGGAGGACCAGCUUCUGUCUGCUGUUGCACAGGAGGCCUUUUUCAGCCCCAUGGCUUUGACAAGAGUGUGAGCAGGACCCAGCUAUACCGCAGUCCUCUUUCCAUAGUCUCUACGUGCAUGUUCAAUUCAUGCAUGCUAUGACCGUGGCCAUUUUUGGUACUUCUCUAGUGCUAUUCAGACAUGAUUUCAUUUCACUUUCCUUUUUAUUGUGUGUUGCUGCAAGACCUGUGAUGCUUUGACUUGUGAAUAUCCUGGGAGGCUGAAACCACCGCACAUAGCUUGCUUGCGGUGCUGACCUUGCUAGAGCAAACUCAGUGGUGUCAGCAUGGCCUCCGUGGUUAGCUUUUCACUCUCACUCUUCAUCCUUCUUUUUUAGAGCCUCUUAUUGACUAUUAAGAUAUUUUCUUCUCACUGGAAGUAAUGUAGUUUUAACCCGUGAGAAUCACCCUGCUACUUGAGUACUUCUUCCUUUUGUUCUUUUCAGGGUGCCUUUCUAUACAGAAGUGUAUCAUAGAUAUAAUUUACUGUGAUUUCUGUCCCUUUGGCCUAACCCUUGCUGUAAUGCCCUCAGCUUGUCCUUGUUUCAUUGUGUCUCCUCAACAUCCAGGUGUUACCUGCCAUUAGACAGUGAUCCCUCUGCAAUGGGACUGUUGCACCAGAAGGCCUUUGGUACUUAGAAGCUUAUGAGCCCUUGAGAAGUCCUGCUUUCUUCAGUGGUCAGCCAGCUAAAUCUUUAUCUGAUGCAAACAAAUGUAGUGGAAAGAGCAAAGAACUGAGGCAGCUGAUACGGAGUUUUUUAACUGCAGCUCUCAGUCAUUUGAGUUCUGGUGUAGCACUUUUGCAGCUCCAUGGAGCAUUGCUUUCUGGCUGAGUUACAAAGCUCAGCAGUAUUAAUCCAUACGGCUGGCUCUUAGAGAGGCAUUGCUUUCAAAGAACUGCGGUACAAAUAAUUUUCUCUUUUCAGACCUUACAAAUCAUAUACUUUGUAACUGCAUAUAUCUUUUUUUAUAUCCAUACUGAAAAGUCUUAGUUUAACUGUAGAAAUAGCCCCUAUGUACAGAGUGGUCAGCCUUGGUCAUCCUUGUUGCCUUUUUCUGAGCCUUUCCCAGUUCUACUCUAGGGAAGGGUAUGAAAUGCGGAACAGAUUUAUACAGCAACAUAGUGAUGGUCUCCAAUUUGGCAUCUAUUCACUUCCAUAUCUCCAUAUAUUUCUGUGUGCAUAAUUAUUUUCCCACGGCUGAGCAGUGAGCUGGUGUCUCCAUGGAGCUGCCUGUCCAGCAGUGGGACCUUUCUCCUGAGUGGUAGUGAUGUGCUUGAAGUUCAUCAUUGUGGGAUAUUGGGAUCAGCUUUCCUGUAUGUGUUUGAUUUCACUUGCUGUUUUAUUAUCCAAUCAUUCAGUCCCUAGUUUCUUAGUUUUCCCCAUUGGCACUCCCUAGAAUAACCCUCGGUUACCAGUACAUGGUCUCACCUCAUGGCUCCUGCCCCUUCCAGAUCACAGGUGAGUGCUGCAAGGCACGUGUCCAUGCAUGACUCGUGAAGACCUGCACUGUGACCUCCUCCCUCCUAUGGCCAGAAUGGAAAGUUUACACCUGCUGUUUCCCAUUUUUAGCCAAACAUUUAUCUUUAUAAGUACUCUUUUGGGCUGUAACUGCUAAUGGUUCAUGUCAUGGUUGAUUACCUCACCUAUAAUUUCAACAAUGUGUGUAUAUUGCAAUAUCCUCAGGAUACAUGAGGAUUUCAUCCUCAGGAUUCUUUCAUGUUUAACUGACAAACUCUGGAUUGCAGUAAAACACGUUAACAUUUACAAAGUGAUUAAAAAAAAAAGAAAGAUGUCACCACCAACAAACUUUAAUUCUUGUAUCUGGAGUGUAAGACGUCAUGGCUAUUGGCCCUUCCAUCAAUGGUAGCUUGUAAUAGACGGAAUGUAAUUUAGCAUAAUUCAAGGCAGAGGUUCUUCUGGCAGGCUGGAGGAGUGGCACAGCAGUGGGAAAUCACCAGAACCUCCUGAUGAGGUUUCCUGUACGUGCUGCGUUAACACGUGUAUUUUAUAUAUGUUUGUAUAUACCAUAUUUCUGUGUGAUUUCUUAAAAAAUUUUCACAGUUGUUUUCUACCUAUGAAAAACUGCUAUGCUUCAGCAAUUCUGUCCAAGUGCCAACUUCAUUUCAGUGGAACACCUGCAUUUUCUACAAGCUCUCAUUAUCUGGAAGAAUAAUUUAAUAGAUUUUUUUAUGAGUAAAGUUGAUGUAAAGUUUAGAAUAAAUGAUCUGAAAAACUUCUGUUUACCAAGUGGGCUUUUCUUUUCCUGGUGUAACACAGGUGUAAUAUCUUUGCUGAGACCUCUUUUGCUGGAUGUGGUCCCAACUAUCCGACAGGCUGCUGCUUUGGCUCUUGGGAGGCUUGCCUAUUUUAACGAUGACCUGGCAGAGGCAGUGGUGAAGGAAGGCAUUCUUCCACAGCUCGUGUGUUCACUGUCUGAGCAGAAUCGUUUCUACAAGAAAGCAGCUGCAUUUGUGUUAAGAGCAGUUGGUAAACAUUCUCCACAGCUAGCUCAGGCAGUAGUUGAGUGUGGAGCGCUGGAAGCACUUGUGAUUUGCUUGGAAGAUUUUGACCCUGGAGUGAAAGAAGGUGCAGCUUGGGCACUCGGUUAUAUUGCCCAACACAAUUCAGAACUGUCACAAGCUGUGGUGGAUGCAGGAGCCGUUCCUCUUUUAGUGCUCUGUAUCCAGGAGCCAGAAAUUGCUUUGAAAAGGAUUGCUGCUUCAACUCUUAGCGAUAUUUCAAAGCAUUCUCCAGAGUUAGCACAGACAGUAGUGGAUGCAGGAGCUAUCGCUUUCUUAGCUCAGAUGAUCCUGAACCCUGAUGCUAAACUGAAGUGUCAGGUGCUGUCAGCGCUAAGCCAAAUAGCAAAGCAUUCAGUGGAUCUUGCAGAGUUGGUGGUUGAAGCAGAAAUUUUCCCAGUUGUGCUCACAUGCCUGAAGGACUCGGAUGAAUAUGUCAAGAAAAAUGGUGCAACUUUAAUUAGAGAGAUAGCAAAGCAUUCGCCUGAGCUUUCACAGUUUAUAGUAAAUGCAGGUGGAGUUGCUGCUGUGAUUGAUUGUAUUGGCAGCUGCAAAGGGACUGUCAGACUGCCUGGCAUCAUGAUGCUUGGUUAUGUAGCAGCUCAUUCAGAGAACCUGUCAAUGGCAGUUAUUGUCUCCAAGGGAAUACCACCACUGUGUACCUGUUUGUUAGAAGAACAUGAAGAUCAUAUUAAGGCAGCAGCUGCGUGGGCCUUGGGACAGAUUGGCAGACAUACUCCUGAGCAUGCACGUGCAGUAGCAGUAACAAAUGUGCUAGCCACAAUGCUUUCUAUGUAUAUGGACACACGCAGUUCAGAAGAUCUUCAGCUGAAAACUAAAAGAGCCUUAAAGAGCAUCCUUCAGAAAUGCACUUAUCUUCCAGCACUUGAACCAUUGCUGCACGAUGCCCCUCCCAACAUUAUGAAACACAUUAUUGGGCAGUUUAGCAAGGUGUUACCACAUGACAGUAAAGCACGUCGUCUCUUUGUAACAACUGGUGGGCUUAAAAAGGUUCAAGAAAUAAAAGCAGAACCUGGGUCACUUCUUCAGGAGUAUAUCAACACUAUUAACAACUGCUACCCAGAGGAAAUAGUAAGGUAUUAUUCCCCUGGAUAUUCUGAGAUGCUUCUGGAACGGGUGGAAAAUUACCAACCAGUUUUAUAAACUUCAAUUUUUAUUAGAGCUGUAUUUCACGUUUACGCUUUUAUGACUGUAAUACAAAUACAGCUGCUGAAACUCUUGUUAGGUUCUGAAAUCUACUUCUACUGUUUGAACCACAGCAAGACCUCAGUAUUUCCAACAAGCUGUGUUUUGUUCUUUAUAGAAAUGUUGCUAAGUUUUUGUUCCUGUUUGUUUUUCUCUAACGUUAUGACCAGACGCUGCAGCAUGUAUCAGUGGAAUUUCAUGCGAGGGUGUUGAUUUAUCACAGAAGCUUUUUUAGAAUCAGUCAUUUCCUUUUCCUUCCACAAGAAAGGUUUGUUAUUAUCUCAUUCAAAUUUUAUCCUUCUCAGCACUUUAUCAAUUUUCCCCCUUUUGUCUUUGCAUAUUGUUUAGAGCUUCCCAAGCUUGAUGAGGGGGAGGAAAACGAUAUCCCCUCUGCCUUUUCUAAUUAUAGAAUUCAUUCUAUGCUGAGAUUUUUUUUUUCCCACCACUACCUUUCGGAAAGUGUUGUGAUUUUUGCAUCCCCAAACACAUUAGUAGCUGCUAAAAAGAGAAGUAAUCAGAUCUGAUGAUGAUAAAAGGGCUGUAUUCUGCAUGCUACAAUAGUGUCAUGAUCCUGGCAUGCUAAAUAGUACAUCUGCAAAAUUCCUCCUAAUUAAGGCAAGAUUUGCUGUGGAGGGAAGCAGCAAUACAUUAUUUGGUGUGCUUAUGUGUCAUUGUUCCUAUCGGAAAGGAUAGAGUGAACUCAGACUUCCCACAGGUACAAAAGGAGAGCAAGGACUCUGAGGUUCUGCCACAUUUGGGUCUGCAGUACCUGGGCCUCUUAGGAAGAGAGGAAAAUUGUUUGGCUUCAGGAAUGCUGUUAGCAAAGUUUUGAGCACAUCCAGAGGAAAACUGAGGAUAUUUGAGUCUCACUGAAUUGAGUGGUGGGACUAAGACUGCUCAGUACUUUCUCUUCAAAAGAUGAAGCUACUGCAGUUGGGUUGAAACACAUUUGGAACUUAGUCUUGAACUUGCAAAUCAUGUUGGCAUGGAGAUUAUUGUAGAUAUGAGCUCUAUUGUAUACAACAUCCUGAAAAUACUUUUGCCCUCUUAGGUAGAGUAAAAAGACUUUCUACAUUCUACUUUGCUGCGUACUGUAGCAACA